AAGCACUCGAGGACCCUCGUCGGAGAGCUUGCCUCACACCUUCCCAAUCGCACUCUUAACACAUUUUCUCAGCUUCAUUUGAUCCAACUCUCCAUUUUCAAGCUUCACAAUGGCUCCCAAAAUCGCCAUCAUCUACUACUCGACAUGGGGUCACGUUGCCAAGUUGGCCGCCGCUGAGAAGGCUGGCAUUGAAUCUGCUGGUGGCACCGCCGAUAUCUACCGAAUUGACGAGACAUUGCCCGCCGAUGUGUUGACCAAGAUGCACGCUCCUCCCGCGGACACCAGUGUCCCCGUGAUCACGGCCGAGAAGAUCACAGAGUACGAUGCCUUCCUGUUCGGUAUUCCCACCAGAUACGGCAACUACUCUGCGCAGUGGAAGACCUUCAUCGACCGCCUCGGAGGUCUGUGGCAGUCUGGAGCCCUCUACGGCAAAUACUUUGGCCUGUUCAUCUCGACCGGAACUCUGGGAGGUGGUCAGGAAGCCACUGCCAUCAACGCCCUCAGCUCCUGGGUCCACCAGGGUAUGAUCUACGUGCCCUUGGGCUAUGCCACCACCUUUGCCCUCCUCGGUGACCUGUCAGAGGUCCGUGGUGGCACCCCUUGGGGUGCUGGCACUUUCUCCGGCGCCGACGGCAGCCGAUCACCCAGCGAGAAGGAAAUCGCCCUUGCCACCGAGCAGGGCAAGUCCUUCUUCAACAUCGUCAACAAGGUCAAUUUUGCGUGACUAGAUGGCGGUGACAAGGUCGAAGAUUCAAAGCCCGAAACUGAGCCUCAGGUUCAAAAAUCAACACCUGCUGCUGGUAAUGGCGCUGCUGCUUCCUCGGCUAACAAGACUGACAAGGAUGACGAGGGUGGCCCCUGUGGACUGCCCAAGAAGUGUGUCAUCCUCUGAGCUUACACACGAUCCUCUUCCUCGACCAAUUGUUCGAAGUCGGCGAAUAUAUAUGCGAGAAAAAAACAAUUUAGAUAAUGAAACGGCCGCAUUAAAGUGCGGCUUACAAUAUACCAUCCAUGCUACAAAUCUCAUAAAAGA